AUGAGAAUUCUCUCCCUCUCCACCGCCAUUAGUGCCGUUGUCCUGUCCGCCCUCCAGCUAGCCCAGGCCGACAUCUCCAAGAUUGUCCGUGUCGAUCAAAUAUCGCAACAGCUCAUCGAUGCCGAGGGUCGCAGUCGCUGGUUCCAUGGUACCAACAUGGUCAAGAAAGCAUUCCCCUGGCACGUCGACGUCGAUAACUUUGUCCCCAAUUGGUCCCUUGUUGACAAGGAUAUCGAGUUGUUGAAGACUAUGAACAUCAACUCUGUCCGUCUUGGUGUGCACUGGGCGGGUGUGGAGCCAGUCCGCGGUCAAUACAACCAGACCUACCUUGAUAUCACCCACGCCAUCAUCAAGAAGCUCGAGGACAACAACAUCUACACCCUCAUCGACCAGCACCAGGACGUCUGGGCCGCUCAGAUAUGUGGACACGGUGCCCCUCUGUGGUUCAUGAAGCAAGGAUGGGUCACCCCCGGCCACAUGUUCCCCGUCCCCCAAAAGUGGACCCCCUUCGCUGUCGAUGCCAACGGUGUUCCUUCCGAUGCCGACUGCAACUCGAUCGACUGGGCAACUUCGUAUCUCAACUAUGCUGUCGGAAACGCCUUUGGUCGUCUCUACAACAACUAUGACGGCCUUGGUGAUGCCUGGGCAGCCUACUGGAAGGUCCUUGCCCAGAGGUACAUGCAGUUCCCAAGCAUCCUUGGCUACAACUUGAUGAAUGAGCCCUGGGUCGGUGACCAUAUGGCGGACCCUACGUUGUUGGUUCCUGGCAAGGCUGACCACCGUACCAUGGAACCCCUCUGGAACAAGGGUACCGAUUACAUUCGCACUGUCGACAACACCACUCUCAUCUUCUUUGAGGGAUCCACCUUUGACAUUCUCUCGGGAUUCAACAAUGUCCCUGGUGGCGAUGGCUCCAAGACAGUCCACUCGUACCACUACUACAAACCCCCUCAAUUGGGCAACAUCGAGUACACGCUCAAGAAUCGCAAGACCGAUUCUGAUCGUCUCCGCACUGCCGGUAUGAUGACCGAGUUCCAGUUCUGGGACAGCGGACCUGACUCUAUCAAGGAGAUCUUCGAAACCGCCCGCCAAGCCGACCGGUACAUGCAAUCAUGGCAAGGAUGGGCCUAUAACAAUGUCUGGUCCGGAAGUGGCGCCGAUGCCGUCGCCCGUCCUGCCAUUGUCCUCGCUUACUCUCGUACCUAUGUUGAGGCGACUGCUGGUACGACUCAGACGAUGUACUUCCAGGACAGCACGACAAAGUAUUGGGUCUCGUGGAAGGCUGACAAGGCUAUCCAGGCGCCUACUCUUAUCCGCUUUGCACCCAAGAUCAACUACCCUGAUGGUAUUCGUGUCUUUAUCGACCCUCCUGGCUCAGGUACUUACACUGUUGACAACGCGACCAAUACUGUGAAGAUCUCUCACACCGCUGGCACUGUCAAUGGCGAGACCAUCAUGGCCAGUGUCCAGCCCUUCUACCCUACCGAUAUUAUCCAGAACCCUGACUCUGGCAAGUGCCUCGACAACGGCAACACUAAGGUUACUCCCAACAACCCCAUCAUCCUCUGGGAUUGCUCCUCAGACCCCAACCAGGUGUGGAAGUUCAAGGAUAACACCAUCCAACUGGCCUUUGACCCCGACCACAACAGUGACAAGUACUGCAUCGACACCCAACCCAUUCCCUCCAACACCAAAUACCUCAACCUCGUCUUGAACCCCUGCGAUGCCGCCAAACCUACCCAGAAAUGGUCCGUCACUGCCACGGGCAACAUUGUCAACACUGCGACGGGUUACUGUGUAGAUAUUAAUGGAUCGACCUACAAGUCUGGGACUGCGCUCUUGGCGUACCCUUGUGGCGCUGGUGGGACUCAGAAGAAUCAGGUCUGGAAGUUGCCACGUGGUGCUAGUGGUACCUGCAAGAAGAACCAUAUGGAUCCGUUCAUCAGUCUGUCCGCCGAAGUGCAAGAGAUGAUCAUUUCACAUCUAUCCAAACACACCUAUUUUGUCUGCUUGCAGGUCUGCCGUUCUUGGUAUAUUACAUUCGCGCCCCUCAUCUGGAAAUCAAUCGAGGCACUUGAUCGGCCCACCUUCAACGCCGCACAACGGUUUUAUCGACUCAAGCAGUCAAUCAGAGCAGACGGCGGAGCGGCGAUUCAGAAGUACGGUCAUUUCAUCAGGACGCUGGAUACUCGUUACUUGAGUAUUGUUCAUUUGGUUGCCAAGAAUGAUCUUCCACAGGCUUGUGCUCAUCUCAAGAAACUUGUUGUUCAUUCCAGGGCUGAUCCACGAGUUCCGCCGGCGUUCAGAGCCAGCGAGGCAGCCACCGAGAAGACCUCUGUUCAUGUCCAAAAGUCGGCGAUCGCUGCAUUGUUGCGAUACAAUCGUGACUUGAGAACGCUGUCGCUGCAUCAAGAGGCCGGUCACCCUGAUGUGGGAAAGCACGGUAAGCCAGUGGAGCCGAGCUGGAUGAGAGCAUUGCCAGAGAGUCUUGAAUCCUUCGUCCUCAACACUCCAUGCUUUGAGAGCUACCAACCGCCCAUUUCUGUGGCGCCUACGCAUUCGCGUCUUCACCCCCCUCCAAGGACAUUGAUUCACCUCCAAAAGCUGAUCAUGAGAGGACCCUACAUCAAUGGGUGCAUCCGACUUGAUCUCCUCCGACGCUGUCCCAACCUGGAGGUUUUGAGUCUGUACAUCUGUGAAAACCCACUCGACCUUUGUUCAGCAAUCUCCGACGUGCUGUAUAGCCACUGCCCAAACCUGACGGCGAUGCUAGUAGAGGGCCAACCAUCUGACAAUAGCCUCUCGCUUCUCCUUAGAUCAAGUGCUGCUGGUUGGAAGUCGUUCAUGUUUGAUGGCUCGUUGGGAUUCUUUGGACCGCUAUCCGCGAAAGCACUCCUGGACCAUGCCGCGACCCUCGAGAACGUCCGACUGGAGGGCUGUACCGCAUUCACCAGCACCAAUAUACAGCAAUUGCUGUGCUCUGCGCCCAAGUUGAGGCGCUUCCAUGGAAUCUUGAUCAAUCGAUUGGACGAAAAGGAUCUUGCCCUUGCAGCAGACGAGCUCAUACUGUCCGAGUGGGUAUGCACCGAUCUCGAGUCGUUUGCCUGCAAGAUCACUCGUGUCCCUCGACCAGAUCUGAAGAAGAGAACAAACGGUCGACUGUUGACGAACACAAUGCAUACCAUAGGCACCAUCGAAGCCAGCUAUCAAUUGCAGCGUCGGGUUUAUGAACAGCUGGGUCGACUGACGAAACUACGACACUUGGUCCUGGGGGGCGAUAUUGGUCUGAGUGGCGAAAAGAACGUCGAACUGGUGUUCAGGGAGAAGGCCAACGAAGGGGUGUAUUUCACCCCGAUGUACUGGCAGAUUGGAUACCAGUACGAAUGUCUGUCGAUGACACUCGAGAGUGGACUGGAUCUGCUGAAGGGGUUGAAGGAGAUGGGGGCGGUUGUUGUUGUUGGGAUGGCGAUGGGGUUGUCGAAUCCAGCUGAGAAAGACUGGCAGAAGGAGCAUUGGCCAUUGCUUGAGACGGGCAAGUUGUUUGUCAAUGGGUACUUUUCUGAUCCCUUCUGGUCCUUGUUCCUGGAGUAG